UUUAUUCAGAGAUGGAGAAAAUAAAGGAAAACAUUGAAAAGGGGAAGCGACUGUUCACCCACAGAAUCGACAGCUGUAGAUUCAAACCUGGAGAUCAUAUAUAUGCCUACAGGGGAUUUGGUUCAUACAGCCAUCACGGAAUAUAUGUUGGUGAAGAUCGUGUGAUUCAUUUCAUCCCAACAGAAAGUGACGGUCUCUCCAAGCAAGACCCUCCUUGUCCAAAAUGUGGAUAUCAGCACAACGUUCACCUCGGAGUGGUGAAGACCUGCCUGGGUUGCUUCCUAUCCAAGGGUGCCCUUUCAAGCGAUUCCCUCUGUCUUUACCAAUACGAAGAAUCGAAGUUGGUUAAGAAGUUGAAAAGAGCUGGCAGCUGCAGCAGCGCCAAAUGUUUACCACCCGAAACCGUUGUGAACAUUGCCAAUGAGCUCCACAAGGAAAAUUGUUUCGGCCGCUAUGACCUUGUUGGGAACAACUGUGAAGACUUCAGUACAUUCUGUAAGACUGGCAUUCGCAGAAGUGAACAGGUCGUUAUUGUUAUGAAUUUACCUAUGAUGCCAUUCCUGGCCAAAGUAUUGGAGAGCUUAAAGCUCUCUCUACCUAAAUAAUGCUUUAGAAAGAAACUCCAAAAAAUUGUGUAUAAUUUCAAUAAGAUUUCGGAGGAUUUCUUAGUACCA